CACCCCAGCUGCUCCCACCACUCCAUUGAUAGCCCUCGACUCUGGCCUUUCUUGCUACCCUGUCUGUCUGACAGAUCUACAAUAUCCCCCCGAUUCAAUGAGCCCCAUCAACAGCCUCUGGUUCAAGUGGAAAAGCCUCCGCCUCCCGUGGCGAAAAUCCUUCCUCGUCGGCCAAGACCUGCGAGGCAACACAUUCUGGGAAUUCAAAGAUGCGCUGAACGCCGGUCGAUUCCGGCGCAUCGUGAAAUUCGACCCGAAGACCCAUUUCGCCGAUGUUCAAGUGACACCGCAAUGGCACCAAUGGCUCCGUCACGUCCGUCGCGAGCCCCCCUCCAUCCAAGAACAGCAGCAGGAUGUCCUCCGCCAAAUGCAGAUCAAGCAGUUGGCGCGUCUGGCCGAUGAGCGCUGGGCCAGCAAGCCCUCUUAUCUGGAUAAACCUGCGACGAAUGCUACACCUGCGCCUGCGACUGCCAACCCUGCCGACGCAGUAACAGCACCGGCAGCGGCACCAGCAGCACCAGCAUCGACACCCGACGCGCCUACGGCCCAGGAGAGUGCCCCUCAGCAACAGACACCCCCCGCUGCUGGCACAGAGACCAAACCUAGAACGGACGACGCUACCACCACCACCAAGAAAGAUAAAGAUCCCUGGGCGGCAGCUGGCAAGGGCGGACCGAGUGAGAAAUGGGAGCCGGAGCCUUGGACGCCCAGUGUCGCUCGGCGGUGAUCGACUUUAAAGAAAAAAAAAAAAGGAAAAAGAAAAAGACCUUCGUGUCCUUGGGGUGAAACAUGGUGCCUGGGAAAAGUAGCGCCUCGAGGCGCUAACCGGGUGAUAGACAAUCCGUUGAGAGACACUGGGCUACGGCUGGCUACUUUAGACUGAUUUGCGCGGGGCUCCACUGUCUUGCUGAAUGGACGAACGUCGGUCGAUUCAUCCCUUCCGGGCUAUUGGUAUUGGUACAAUGGUCGGUUAUGAAUUUAUAUAUCCGACCAAACCAGUUCGGCACGGAGCUUUUGCCAAGCUCCACAGGGUCAGCGCUUAGAUAGACUGGUAUCAUGUUUGGGUUUGUUUAUUCUUGCAUGUAUUAUAUACAUAACUCCUGAGUGUCAAGACUCAACUCACUGUGACUAUACUCCUAAUGAAUAUGUACAACCUGGAA